AUGUUGAACCACACGACUGUCACAGAGUUCCUUCCCUUGGGCUUCCCCUCCCUCCACCAUCUGGAGCACCUCAUGGCAAUCACUCCCUUGGCUUUGUACCUGCUGAUCUUGGGGGGACACCUGCUGAUCGUUUCCCUCGUUCUUGCUGAAAGAGAUCUCUACAGGUCCAUGUACGUUUCCUCUUCUUGGUCGCCAAGAUGA